AUGGAUUCUAACGCAGCCUCCGAACUCCGCCAGCUUGGCAACCUUAUUCAAUCGUCCAUCAACGCCAUUCUGGGGCUGAAUGAAUCUAUCGACAAGCGCGUCGCCACAGACUCGACCGUCCCUGACAAGCGACUCUUCGAUGCGCAAAGGACAUUGCUCUCCGCGGCGGGGAAGCUGACGGAGCUUGUGAGCCAGCCAAGCGGCAGGCUUCUAGAAGUGUCAUCCCAGUACUACGAAGCAAGGUGCUUGCACAUCGCUGCAGACAAGCGUAUCCCUGAUCUGCUGGCUGCAUCCCCUGCUGCAGGUGUGCACAUCGACACUCUUUCUGCUGCGGUUGGCAUCGAAUCUCGAAAGCUAUCCCGCAUAUUGCGUUGUCUCUGUUCCCUCCACAUCUUCCGCGAAACCUCUGCAAACACGUUUGCCAAUAACAACGUCUCCGCGGCAUUAGUGGGGAAUGAGCCACUCCGGGCAUACAUUCUGCUGUUUGGCCUUGACUUGUACAGCGCCUCCGACUACCUUCCACGAUACCUUAGCACUUCCGGACAGGGCUCCUCCUACGACGUCAAGCAGACUGCGUUUCAAGCUGCAGUCAAUACAUCGAAGCCCCGGUGGGAGUGGCUCGAGGAGAAGGUCACGGUCAAAAGCCUUCAGGAUGGCAAUUGCGGUUCCGGCGAGACUGACAGCGCGUAUCCUGGUCCCUUUGGCGCAGAAUUGGAAAAGGCGGUGGCGGGAAAAUCUCCCGAGGAGCUGGUCCCUCGGCCUGAGCACGCCGUGUUUGGUCUUGCCAUGCUUGGAGGCGGACGCGUGUUUGGAAAGGCGCACCUGUACGACUACCCGUGGGACUCUCUAGGACGAGCCACGGUGGUCGACGUUGGUGGAGGCGUCGGCGGUUUCUCCAUGCAGCUCUCCCACCUGUAUCCGAACCUCCGUUUCGUCGUGCAAGACCGAGCUCCCGUGUUGAAGCAAGCGGAGUCCGAGGUGUGGCCCAAGGAGAAUCCUUCUGCUCUGCAGGAGGGCAGGGUUACAUUCACUCCGCACAACUUCUUCGACAAGAACCCAGUUCAAGGUGCAGAGGUGUACUGGCUGCGCUACAUUAUCCAUGACUGGUCAGAUGACUACUGUGUUCAGAUAUUGUCGGCCAUCCGCCCAAGCAUGGGCCCGAAGUCGAGAAUUCUGAUCUGCGACCAAGUGAUGAACACUACUCUGGGAACUUCGGAAUUGCCAGCGGCGCCAGCCCCGCUCCCGGCGAACUGGGGCUACUACAUGCGGUACUCGCACCAGCGGGACUUGGCCAUGAUGUCCAUCAUCAACGGCAUUGAGCGCACUCCAGCCGAGUUCAAGGACAUCAUCGAGCGUGCAGGGCUGCGGCUGCGCAAGAUCUGGGACUGCAGGAGCCAGGUCGGAUUGGUCGAGGUUGUCUUGCCGGAUUCAGAGCUGCUGUGA